AUGCAGUGCGAAGCAAAGAGAGAGAGAGAGAGAGCACUGAAUUUGCCGGACCGGAAAGUAAGCGGCGGCGAGGGGAUAGCGCCUGGAGACAUCCUCUCUAUCCUACUGGGAAUAGAUCACAGUAAGCAUGUUGACAUCUGCCACAUCACAUCUGCCAGCGUGCCAGGCCACGCUGGAGCUGGGUAUAGUGUGGUAUGUGCGAGAGAAGAUGCACCGGCGGGCAAGCGAGCGAAAGGUGCGACGAGGCGAACUUGCGCCUGGCUUCUGAGGACGCUCAAAGGCCGCAGCGAAGGAGAAGGUGCAGGGAGGUAA